AUGAAGCGGCAAAUGCAAGGGAUUUCGAGUGGCAUGUACAUAUACACGCACCACUGCGAGAGUGGAGUUAAUAUUCAUGAUGUCUUUGUGGAGAGGAGCCCAUUCCGGGUGAUGUUUUCAUAUAUCGGUGUGAUAUGUUUUCUUGCGAAUGUUUGCCAUACCUUCUUGCCAAAGGUAAGUUUAUGCAUUGGUUCCUUUUGGAGUGUUCCGUUUUCUACUAUCGUCGCUAAAUGUUUGCAAUACAAGUCCGUGAAGAAAGAAUCAUUGGUGAUCGUGACAGCCUUUGGUAUUCACAUAGAACAAUAUUUUUGGAGCGGACGAGUACAUUGCAGGUUUGUGAACAUCAACAAGAUCAUAAAGUCGGUGUUGAAUGAGUGUGUGACCCCUGUUACAUGCUACUGGAGCUUGGCAUUGCUUCUACACGAUGAAGACGAGACCAAGCUCGUUUUCCAGAAACUCCACCCGCCUGUCAAACUGUUGCUCCCCAUAUGUAAAGCUCUAUGCGCUACGGCAACAAUAGUCCUUCCGUGGUGGAGGAUGUUCAGCCUCUGA